UUCCCCGUUUCCAAUUCCCAGUGCCCUACCCUAACAAACCGGUAAACCCCCAUCGAAGCCAUCGUCAGCCGGAGUCGCCGGCGGCGAGGCGCAUCCGCCACGCGAUCGCCCGCCGCUUGCCCCUCUCCCCGCGUUCCUUCCUCCCCCCCUCUCUCCUCUCCGCGCCUCAAAGGAUGGCCGCUCCUCCGCACCAGGCAUCCUCUUCCGAGCAGGUGGAGGUCGCCGUAGAGAGAUCACCACACAGCCUCGCCGCUGCGCCCUCGAGGGAUGAGCUGCUGAGUAUGGUGAAAAAACAUUCACAUCUGAUUGGGUGGACAGUUGUUGAUGCCGAAGAUGAUUCAUCAGACGUGGGAAUGGAUGACAAAUUCUGGCUUGAAAUGCUUGAUCUUUUCUUCGUGCGUGGUAGAGUUUCAAAUAGGAGAGAAGAGGAUGACCUUGUCUUCUUUGUUAAUAAUAUGAAAUUGUACGGGAAUGGGUUCAAUGGUAACAUGGAAGAUCCACCUCCUUUUUUCGUCCGAAGAUGGGCUCCUAUGCUUGAAAGGAUCAUCAAUAUAAACUCAGCUGAAGUUGAUUGGGAACGUUCAUUCUAUUUGAAUAUAGUUGCUCACACAUCAUACACUGUUACAGUUGCAAUAUGCAGUAUCAGGGAUCUUCGCAACCGUGUGGAGAAAAGCAAACCAUUAUCACCAAUUUAUAAGGUCACAAAAACUGUAUUUGCAUCCCCAAGCCGUGUAAAUUUUCAUCUUGAUCGAAGGAAGGCUGUAGAAACGACCCCUGCAUACCCCAAUAUUUGUUUUUCAGUCGAUGACUUCGAUGAUACUUUUGAUGCUGUUGUUUUGUCAGAUCCUGAACAUUGCUAUUGUGUGGUUCUCAAUGCACAUGAUGGUGCAGCAUUUCCUGAAGAGACUGAAUUGAAGAACACUAUCUCAAAUGUACCAUCUGGUGUAAAUUCUGGGAGCAACGAAGAAAAACCACCAAAGAGAACUCUCUUUUCAGGCUACGUUAGCUACCAAAAUGUUCGAGAAGCCUAUGAUGCUGGCAGAUCGAAAUUUGGGAGCUUCCUCUCACUUGGCCAUGACCAUACUAAACUUGAUAAACUUUAUAUGAGAGGCCCUGAAGGGCGUGGGGAGGUUGAAGUAGCUGUUUCUGGAAUAGCAGAUCAGAGCCACGAGAGAUUGAAGAAAGAUCCAGGAGAUAGCUUUAGGAUCCUUGUUCAUAGGGCAGCUUCUGCUGCUUCAAAGCUAGCGAAGCAUGCCUACGAGGCUGCAUCUACCAACAAGCAAUUUGAUGAUGAACUUCUGCCUCUCAAAUGUUGCUUGAUGUCGGUAUCCCUUCCUUGGGACUACAUUGCGCAUGACCUGCUGCACAAGGAAACGCCUCCAUUGGACCUAUGAUCGACGAUGGUUUCAAACCAACACUGCUUUUGCGGAAGAGUGGUAUGGUUCAGGAGAGGUACUCAACUUAUAGUUGGUCGACCUAUGAGAUACUGGAGCAUUUCGUGGUUGACCAUGAGAAUUUGCGUCGGAAUCCUUCGUGCAUAGGGAAUGCUGUACCAGUUGAAGGGAAGAGGAAUUUUCUUUUCUAGUUGUGUUAGGAAUGAAGGGAAUUCCAGUACUGCGAUGUUUUUUUUGUGCGUGACUGUGGAAAAGUUUAUGGUUAGUUGAGAACAGUUCUGCGAUGUACAUGUGCUUAAAAGAUACAAAACCUAUAGAGUUUUCAUGUGUGUGUACAAUGUUGAAAAUAGUCGACCAUAUAAUGUAAAUAUAAUUUCUUUUGUAGUCAUGAGGAGAAAUACUCACUCUUAUUUUUUUUUUCUGGUUUUAUUCAACUCCAUUAUGUAUUUUUAUUAAGGCCAUACAUAA